AUGGCUGCUGAGGUUUCUCUGGCUCCCCUCCCCUCUUUCUUGAAGUGGGUGGCACAACACAGGGUCAUUACCAUGAACUAUAAGCCAGUGAUGUUUGCGUUUAAGUUAGGGAAUACCGACGAAGAAUGGCGCGUGAAACUGUAUGAAAGGCAUGCUGGCAUGGGUUCAGAGCUGUGGCUGAAAAAGUUCAACAGCUUGACUUCCUUAAUUUAUGAGAUUGGGCUGAACAUCCAGGAAGCACAUGCUUUUUCAACAGUUGAUGGUAAUUUCUUAGAUGUUUUUGCAGUUGAUGGUGGCCAUAUGAGGUAUCUCCUUACGGUACUUGAAGGCUGCGAACUGAUGGAUGAAAAUGAAGUAGUUCAGGUGGUUGAUUUUGGAGUUGCCAGAGUGGAAGCUCAGACAAGAGAUAUGACGGCGGAAACUGGGACAUAUUGA